GCAGCGAGGUGCACUUCCCUUGUCUGCAUCAGAAGACCCAGCGCCGCAUACGCUAUUGCAAUGCGACGACUCCGCUCGCCUGAAGUAGCCGUACUUUUUAAAGCAUUUGCUCAUUAAACGCGCCUCGGCCGUCACUUGUAGUGUAAGCCCUCGACUGCCCGGUGGCACCAUGGACGUAAAUCUGGGGAAUUUGCGAUAGAGGUAGUUGUCUCUUCCAUUUCUAACUUGAACCACACUACCUCUACCUACACCUUAGGUUUAUCCCUCAUCGUUCUGUUCAUUGUUGUUCAUCAACAUUCAUCUAUACCUAUCGCGCCAAGUGUCGCUUACACUCCCCCAACUUCUGCGCUACAAUUAUCCGCGACACGUUCUACGGACAUCCCUACAAGCAAACAGCUCUCCCCAUUCCUCGUCAUAGCGUCGCCAGCUCCACGCGCGCAUCGCUUCCCUCCAGAGUCCCUGUUCCUCGGGUCAGGAUCGUAGCUCCUCCUUAUAGUGGCGCGUGGGGAAGCCGCUUCGAGUCUGUUACAACACGAAGACCCCUUGCGCAGGGUCCAGGGGCUUAAAGGAGGCACGCCCGUUUGCCCCGAUCUCUGCUUCCCGACGCGGCCACGAUCCUCGACUUCCUUUAAACAAACACUCAGUCAGGUCCUUCUCUCGGAGUCGACUUGGACUGUCGGCUACAAAAAUCACCAGAACCAACCGCUCUUGCCACCUUACCACAACCUACUCAUCAUCACCUCGUGGCCCGACGCUUCUCAACUUCCCCAGGUCUUGCUCGAGCUCGAAAAAGUCAGCAGCCAUGAGCGCGGUUAAGAACCUUCGGGCUAUGUUCGAGCAGAAGGGGGAGACGAGUCCCCCGGACCGUGGCAGGUCGCCAGUCAUCUCUCCAACCGAUUCUCCUAGGCCUUUGAACAAGAUUAAAACGAGCUUCAUUGCGGUUGAGAAAGGUGGAAGACUCGGGCUUCAACGAGAAGGCAGCAACGACUCCGAGACGCCCACACAACAAGCCCCAGCCGGCCCAGGCGACAUCACAAGUCCUUUUGCUCCAUCAGAAAAAGCCAAUGCCGUUGACCAGAUUAUGGAGAAAACACCAGCACCGGCGAGUCCCGAGGCGAGCCGUAUACCGGCCGAGUCUCCAAAAGCGAACCAAAAUGCUCAGAGUCCGAUACACUCUGCUCCAGAACCACGAGCACAGAAUGUAGAAUCUUCGGCUAGCGCAUCGGCGGAAUCCAAGACGUUGGAGCUAGAUGGGGCUACCAGCUUAUCUACUACGGAGAGUGACUCAAAGUCAGCAGAGAAGACGCAGGCACCCAAUGGAGCUGGGGCUGGCAAAGACAAAGAGACAGAUCCCAGCAAGCCGGCGGCGCGGACCGUCCCGAAAACAACAACAAAAUCGAACCUCCCACCUCUUUCAACGUCUUCGGCCAACAAGACAGUAGCUAAGCCUGCCAAAUCCCCCAUCACUGCUGAAACCCCCAAGGCGCAAAACCCUACGACCGCAUCCAGUCAGACUCCGGGCAAGACCGCUACCCCGAAGCCUUCGGCGGCAAAGACCACGAAACCUCUCGGUUCCUCGCUGAACAAAAAGCCAGCGUCCUUGGCCCCAUCUCCUGUCAUCACCGGGAGCUCCAAGCCCAAGGCCAAGUCACCUACACGCCCAGCUGCUCUCCCAGAACGCCUUACCACUCAUACGGCUGCUUCUGGUUCCAAGCUCGGCAAUGCGCGCGCCCAGUCGCAGACUCGCGAGCGAGGUCCUACCCCGGCUAGCCGUUCCUCUAGCAGAGCGAGAGUGCCAUCCUCUACUGUGUCGGCACCGAAAACGGCCACCUCGACCCUCAAGAGACAGAACUCGACCAAGAACCGGCCUCGCCCUAGUCUAGGUGUGCCUGUGAAGCAGACCGCGAAGGAUCAUCCGCCAACGAAGAAGGAGAAGGAAGUGGACGAAGGUUUUUUGGCACGCAUGACGCGUCCAACCGCGGCAUCCGCCUCCAAGACCGCUGAGAAGGUUGUCACAUCGCCACCCAGGAGGUCAUCGGCCACGCCCGGACCUGCCGCGAAGAGAAGUCUCAGCAAGCCACGGACCAAAAAACCUGCCACUAAAUCUGCAGCACCAUCUGCGGCUACGACACCGAAACAGUCUCGUGCUGGUUCAGCUGCGGCCAAGGCUGAGCCGGUUCCCAAGGCAGAAGAAGCUGUUGAGGUGCCCCUCCCCACUGUGACGGAGACUCCUCAAGAAGUUGCUCAGCCGGUAGAGGAAGCCACGGAAGCUCCCCAAACCCCCACUUCUGACGUUCAUGUUGUUAAGGAGGAGAUGCCAGCCCAGGAGACUGAAGCCGCCCCCUCGUCCGCUGCCGAGGUUGUUGAUACCACCGAUGCUGACAUCUAGGAGCACGGCGAGGAGAAGUCUGCCAGCACUUCGGAAUUUAAGCACACUUCUGAUUCGUAAAAGGAAGCCAGAAAUGGUGGAUGUGAUCGCUUUUUGGCCUGUAGAGUCUUUUUUAAUCACCCCUAUUACUUGUUCGAGACAGUGAAAGAGGGGGAUGCAGUGUUACUGGGUUAGCACAUUUCAUGAUACCUUUGUAGAAAGACCAAUCACACAUUUGUAAGAAAGUUGGCGAAGCAUGAAGUAUGAAUGCAUAGCAGAUAGUGGGUUGUACAGCACCCUGGAGCAGGAUGAAUCGAUCCCUUUUCUUAUCAAUCUUGGUGAUAUCUGUUUCCACGGUGAGUGCUGAUGAUUUAGUUGUCAUGCAUAGAUCAUAGCAUACAGGAUGCCAGCUCGUUGUCUUUCUUGGCCUCAU